AUGAGUGUGAAAGUGAUAUUGGUGCGUGAGAGUGAGAAACGACGAGUGAAAACAAUAGACUGUGCUUCAAUCCCAAAGGACCAACAAAAUGAUUUUAUAUUGAAAGAAGUUGGUAUAGUCAAUGAGGAUGAGUACAUUAUUAAUUGGCAAGAAAAGGAAGUAAUAAUUGAGAUGAAACCAAAAGUACGUGCCAAGAUGUAUGUCCAGCGAUUCAAAACUGUUAUCGAAAAUGAUGAAAAGAAGAAUUUAAUAAAAGAGCUUGCUUUUGCAAUGAAAGACAAAGAGGUUGGAGAAAACAUUUGCAAAUUUGGAAUUGAUUAUUUGAUGGAUCUUCUCUAUGACCAAAUAGAAACACAGUACGGACUAAUAACCCUAAGAAUAUCGAUGAGUAGAGACGCUGUGUUCAGUCGAGUUGUUGACGAUCAAAAAUUCAUCACGAAAUUGUACUCUUUAAUCGAACGAGAUGAUGUCACUAUUAAAUGGCAAGCAACUGAAAUUAUAGCUAUUAUAGUGACUUUUGGAGGGAUUGAUAUCAUCAGAAAAGCAGCCAAAGAGUAUGCUCGACACCACGGAGAGCAGACUUUUGAGAUAUUAAUAAAGAUGAUGUCCGACAAAGAGAAUGAAGAAACGGCACUCUUAGGGGCACUUGUAGUCGGCUCGCUCUUAGUCGGAAGUACUGUAGAUAAGAAGAAGUCGAUAGUGAAGAAGAUGGAGAAUGUCCACCUCAGUAAAACAGUUGAACAAAUGGUCGCCAAUUUUCCGUCUUCUGAAAAGAUCAAAAUGCAGGCGAUGACGGUGCAGAACAACACGUACUACACGCAAAAGGUGAAACAAGAGAAAGUCAAAAAAGAGUACUUUUCGACGUCGAAAAUACUCGAAGAGGUAACAGCCGAGCGCGAUAAAAUUCGGACUGAAGUGAUGGAAACAGAGAACGAAAUAUUUUCUGUGAAGAGCGAAACAGAGUCGACAAAGGGCGAUGUCUUAGUCUGUGAGAAUGAACUCGCCUUCUUAAAACAGUCACUUGAAAAGAAGAAAAAGGAAUACGAGGAAUUACUUUCUUCACUUCCCCAAGACGUCUUCCAGAAGAGCGAUCAAGACCUUCGAGCACUUGCUUUGGACUUGAGGCGCAAACGAGAUAAACUGCGGUUUGACGUGCAAGAGAUGGAGAAACGGAGAAGUCAAAUAUCUGAGUCGAAAGAGGAGAUGGCGUACAAGGAUAUGAUCGUUCAAAUGCAAAAAGACUCGAAACAGGGUUUCAUCAAAAAGGAGAAUAAAAAGAAAAACAUUCGAACGGCUCCACUGCCGUGGCAUAAAGUGAUCACGAUGCAAAGGGGAGCGGACACUACUGUGUGGGACGAAAUUGACGAAUUUGAUAUCACGGAGAGAGAUACUGAGGGGCUUAUACAUAACUUUGACUUCAAUGAAAGCAUCGAAGACAAUGACCCGAGUCAAGUCCCUUACCCUUUGAAUAAAUAUUUGUUGUUCUCUUUACUGAAAUUGCACUUACCCCCGAACAGAAUGUUGAUUCAAAAGAUCCAAAAUUUGGACACGACGUUACCUAUAGAAGACGUGAAAACACUCAUUCAGUGCUUACCAACGACUGGUGAAGCGAAUAUUAUUAAGGGAUCGAAAGGGAUUGACGUGACUUCCGUCAUUGCUAUCCAACUAUGUAAUGAACCAUUUCUGAUCACUAAGUUACAAAUUUGGUUGGAACUCAGAAAUAUAACUGACGAUAUUGAUAAAGCUACGACUAUUAUGACGACUAUAGCAGACUGUUUGAACACUUUACAGAGCUCCAGCGAACUGCUGGAGCUACUCAGAAUCUGUUUGAACUUUGGAAAUAUCUUGAACGCGAAAAGCCCGAGUCGGGCGAAUGCACAGGCGUUUUCACUGGAAGCGUUGCUGCUUUUGAAAGAUGUUCCAGGGACGUUGCAGAAUGGGUUGAAGUAUGUUUUAGGGCACGUUGAUCCUCGCAUCUUAUUGGAACAAAUUGCGAUAUGUCGCGAUGCCGUUUUUGAUACGGAAGAUGCGAUUAAAAUACUCUCGAAUGUGAAGGACAAGUUGAAACCACUGGAAGAAAAGAUGGUCGACCUUGAAAAGGUGUGCAACGACUUGUGCUCGACGAACUUGAAGACGUCAUUUGACUCACUCACUGUUGCUGUUUCUAAUGCGUUUAAAGUGUCUGACAGACUAAACUCACUUGUGAAUGCAAUUGCAGACUGGUUUGGGAUGGAUUAUACAUCUUCAUUCUUUAAAAUCUUCUCUGAGUUUGUUAGAGACUUAAGCGCAGUGCUGGAUUCGCACGAAUUUGAAAAUUUGAUGGAUUUGGAAAUGACACCUUUGCCACAAACAAGUGACCCGGUCGAUAGCUUUGUGAAUAAUAUCAUUAACGGAACAACACUACCAACACCUUUUCAUUUUGUGUAUUAA